AUGUCUACUGAAGAGAACGUUCGCCAAAUCGUUGCCAACGAGCUUUCCGUGUCUCGUGCCGUCUGCCAAGAGACACUCAAGAAGAUGCAGAUCCACUACGAGCUGGUGGUAAGUUCAGCGAAUCGCUUUCCGUUACUCAAGUUGGUUCAUGUUUCAGAUGAAGCUCUCGCUCUCCCCGGCCGAAAUCAACUGGGUCAAGAACGAGUUCGCCGACCACACGGCCAUGGCGGAGAUUUGUCUCGAGGAGGAGGACAUCCAGGAGCUCAAGGUGAGUAAACUUGAAAUAUGAACGAAAUAUCUGAAAUUGGAUUAGCCCACGUUAUAUGUUUUUGUGUAGGUGUUUUUUGUGUAUCCACACCAUAAAGCGGCCAAAGUUACAUUCAAAAGUCAAUUGUGGCAGUGGUCAGCACGCACAUUUAGGGUCUGAUUUAGGCCCUCAAAGUUCCAAAAAAUGAAUCUCGGCGCGUGGACCCACUACUAGUUUUCACGUCGCUUUUCACUCAUUCACGGGAUAAUUUGGGUAUACUCUCCAGUUGACCACUUUCGGAAAAUGGGGUUUCGAAAUUCGAGCAAAAUCGUCCAAAAUUCCUGACGUGAGAUGAACGUAAUAACUUUGUCGUUUAUAGUAUCGAAAAAAGAAAAGACGCCAAAUCUGAAGAAAAGAGAAUAAUAAAGCUAUUACAGAGAGCGACUACGUGCAUGUCGCUGUACACCACGAAGCUGCACCAGUUGGCCAAGCCGAACUAG